CAAGACGUCUUGGAGUUGCGACAAAACAACUGGGUACCACGUGGUGUGGCAGCUGCAGCUGAACGGCCCCCAACAACAAUUCAGGCCAUCAGACAAGAGGCUGCAGUGGACACAGGGAUUCUUAUCUCGCCAUUCCACUCUGGUAGCUCCUUGCAUCACCCCCUUCAACACCUGGGGAUAGGAAAUGCCCCCUUUCUCUUUUCACAUCCACGCUCUGGCUUGGAGGAUGUAUUUGGACCACCGACAUCAUUGCAUCUAGGCACUGGUCCUGGUGUUAUCAACACAGACUUCUCCUUCAGCAAUGGGUAUGGUCCUAUGACGGGCUCCUCACGGUCCAAAGUUGGAUUUGGAUCAGGUGGUGGUGGCAUUUUCCACAGUUCUCAACAGAAAUCUUCUCUAAUUCAGUCUUCCAACAUUCCAACCCAUGGCAACUUCUCUUCCACUGCCAAUAACAAGAAUUUGCCACCCCGACUCCAGAAGUUGGCAGCCCAGAAGCAUGGAAUCAUCCCAAACACAUCCUCAAAU